AUGGAGCUUUUUGCUCGGUAUCUUGCCGCAAAGAACGGAGGGUUUGAAAUUUUUUCAUUAUUACCAUGGCAUGGCAUGGCUUAUCCGUUCAGUCCACUCGUGGCUGAUACAAAGACACGAUAUGUCCUACCAGGAGAUCAUGCAUUUUUUCUGUCGAGUCGGCCUGGAUAUCAUGCGACCAGAACCCCUCGUAAGGACGAUCCUAUUUACAAGUACGUCAUAAUUGCACAACAUUCCAGCAGAAUCUUGAGCACCUUGCACUAA